AUGGGUAAAGUUUUUUUCAUUUCAGGUGCCACUAGAGGUAUCGGUCUUCAAUUAGCUACUCAAUUAUCUCAAGCAGACUCAUCAAAUACCAUCAUUGCAACAGCUCGUGAUCCAACCACUUCAACUGGAUUGAAUGAAUUGGCUUCCAAGAAUAAAAAUGUUUAUAUCAUUAGUUUAGAUAUUUCAUCUGAAGAAUCAAUUAAUGGUAUUGAUGAACAAAUUUCUUCUUUAGUUUCAAAUACUGGUAUUGAUGUUUAUAUUUCAAAUGGUGCUAUUUGUGAGUCUGCUCCAAUUAGCAAGUUGAAUAGACAAGUUCAUAUUGAUCAUUAUUUAACAAAUGUCUUGGGUCCAUUACAAAUAAUUAACAUUUUAUAUAAAUAUCUUGUUAAAGCACCAACAAAGCAAAUCUUUCUACUUUCAAGUAUUGCUGGUCAAGUUGCUGAUUUUGUACCAAUUGCUACAGGUGCAUAUGGUCAAUCAAAAGCUGCUUUAAAUCAUAGUGCUUUACAAUUAUCACUUCAAUAUAAAGAUGAAGGUUUCACUGUUGUCCCAUUACAUCCAGGAAUUGUUGAUACUAGUUUAGCUGACAAUAUCAUUAAAUCAUUACCAGAAGAUCUUUCUGAACUUGCUAAAGCUUUCAUUGCUCAAUUAAUUUCUCCUGAAGAGAGUGCUUCUGGUAUUAUUGGGAAUAUAAUUAAUAAAGUCACAGUUGAAGAUAGUGGUAAAUUCUAUAAAUUUGAUGGAACAACUCUCUCAUAUUGA